GACAGUGAAAGACUUCCUCUCAAAGCUGUUUAAAUGAGAAUGUCCCUGGCGCAAAGAGUACUACUGACAUGGCUUUUUACGUUACUCUUCCUGAUCAUGCUGGUGCUAAAGCUGGAUGAGAAAGCACCAUGGAACUGGUUCCUCAUUUUUAUUCCAGUCUGGAUAUUUGAUACUAUUCUUCUAGUUAUGUUAAUUGUAAAAAUGGCUGGACGUUGCAAGUCUGGCUUCGACCCCCGCAAUGGCUCCCAAAACAUCAAGAAAAAAGCCUGGUAUCUCAUUGCAAUGCUACUUAAGUUAGCCUUCUGCCUUGCCCUCUGCGCUAAACUGCAACGAUUUACUACGAUGAAACUAGCCUAUGUAUUUAUCCCUUUGUGGGCCUUGCUUAUUGGGGGUAUGAUUGAACUUGGAUAUAAUAUCUUCUAUGUACGAAGAGACUAAGCUAUACUAUGUGGUUUUCAGUGCUGAGGUUGGUACCAAGUUACUGGAUUAUGAUAGUUUUGCCACAAACUUGAUCUCCAAAUUAGAAUGCCAAAUAAGAAAUCAAUCGAAGUGGAGACUUUAUCUAAACCAGGCUGAAGACUGAAAAUAGACUUGUUCUGUUUUUUAUUUUAAAACUGUCACAUAUGCUCUUGUAAAUAAAAUUAUUUGUUCA